AUGUACUUUCCCAUAGGAUGGCCUAAAGUCCUAAGGACUGUAUGCGUAGAAUCUCUGGCUUUUAAACAAAUUGUAUCCAAUAGAGAUAAAAUUCUCUUUGCUACCUUAAGUGAUGAUGCUUUUGCCGUAUGGUUUUGUAAGCCUAGUGUUAUUAUUGUUUAUCAUAAAAGAAGCUCCGAGUCGCUACAAAGGCUAGGAAUCAAUGUCGGUAUUGAGUGGAAACCUGAUUCAUCUAUGAUAUGCAUUUCGACAUCUGAAGGUCAUUUAAUUUUAUACAAUGUUGAGAUGCAAACUGACCAGCCAGCGUAUCAACAGUCUGAUCCACCCACUGCAAGUUUGAGAAGGGAUUCAGCUGAAUUAUUUGUUAAGGAAGUGAUACCAUCAUUGAAAAUAACCUUGUUCAAAGAGAUUUUAAUUUGGGAUGGACAAAUCACACGAAUGUGCUGUAUAUCAGGUACUGAAAUACUAGUAUGCACAACACGAGCUCACCUCCUCCGUUAUCGCUGGGAUGGUUCACAGAAUAGGGAUUACUGUUUGGAUCUUGGAAGAAUACCAUUCUCUAUUAAUCAACAAGUUUCUAAAGCUGAGCCAAUAUUAGAAGACAAUACUCAUGUAAAUGAUAUAGAAUAUUCACCACUUGUCUGCGGUUUUGGAAUAACAUUGAAUGAUGGGCGGGCAGCUUAUCUCACUGCACCUAAUCUUAAGUUUGAUCCAAAUGCCGUUCAAGGUAUUUGGGCGCAGGGCAUUGAUGACGCAACCUGCGCAAGAGUUAACCAUAAAUUUAGACUUAUUGCAAUCGGAAGAAAGAAUUCACAGGUAGACGUUUUUACGAUAGACGAAGUAACGGGUGGACUUGAACUUUCACACACAAUGGUGCUUAGUUCCAAGGAUUUUCCUGGCGAUCCUGGCCCAGUCAAAUGUAUGAGAUGGACAGGAGACGGUCGCGCCGUAGCGGUUAGUUGGGAAGGCGGCGGUAUUUCUGUUUGGAGCACCUUUGGUGCGCUCCUAAUGUGCUCCUUGGCUUGGGACUAUGGACUGAACCAGGACCUUAGCAAACAUAAUCCUCUUGUCGUUUCUAGUAUGGAAUGGGCGACGGAAGGCUAUCAGCUGUGGAUGGUGAAAACAGAAGAGGAGUUAAAAUGUAAUCUAAUUCAAAUGGACUUUGUAAAGAGCCCGCUGAGUGUCAAUCCGUGUAUGAGCACUCAAAGGCAUCUUUAUUUGCAAGCGGAUGACAAACUCUACAUUAAUCUAGAAGACAAUUUGACCAGACGAACUAAAAUAUCAAUUAUUGAUUCAUCGGCGGACGCCUAUCAAGAGAGCGGAUCGGAACAUACAGAGAAUGGGAGUGACUUAGAGAACAGUGCCAAAUACAAGGAGUUUGUUGAUGACAACGAGUGCAGGAAGCAGUGGAUCGUUUUGCAACUACCCGCAACUUAUAUUGCUAGUAAUUGGCCACUGAGGUACAGCGCCAUUGACGAAACGGGCGAAACGAUUUGCGUGGCGGGACGAACUGGUCUGGCGCAUUACAGUCGAGCGUCGAGGCGCUGGAAGCUCUUCGGCAACGAGGCGCAGGAGAAGGAUUUUGUCGUUACUGGUGGCAUGCUGUGCUGGCGGCAGUAUAUUGUCGUAGGUUGCUACAGCAUCCUGGACGGCCACGACGAGAUCCGUUUCUAUCCGCGCGAAGCAAAGCUGGACAACCGAUUUGCGAAGAUCGUUCGCGUACAAUCGCAGGUGUUUGUGCUGGAUGUUCUGGAGGAUCAGCUAGUGGUAUUCGGAGCUGAUGCACUUGUGACUAUCUACGAGCUUAGUUUGGAUACCAAUGGUAACAUAGAGCUGCGUUGUGUGCAAGCUGUGGACAUAUCAGCUUUGUCACAUCCGGCCUGCGUCGUUUCCGCCUCGCUGUGCCGGCUGCAGGAUCCGUUACCUCAUACACAUCUGAAUAGAAGGGACGAGACCCUUACUGCUCCUGACUCCUUGGUGAUCAAUGCCAGUGGUAAACUAAUGAUGGUGCAGAGGGAAGAGUAUGACGUGGAUGAAGACAACAAUCCGUUCAACAGAAUCAGCUUAACUUCUAUGACCUAUGUGUAUUCUUGCACGUUGCCAACAUAUGCAAGAAGACACUAG